GCGCUUCCCAGCAGCCUGCUGCCCUCCAGGCGCCCGCCGUCGGUGCGCUCCGCUGCCAGCAAUGAGUCUUUCGAAGAAUGCUACGACGAGCUGGAGGAAAUGACGUUGCUGGUGAACGCGAGCACUGCAUUGAUGGACAUCGAGGAGGCCCACCUGCGAUUCGUGCGCAAGACCGACGAGCCCAAGGUGCGGAUGGGCAUGCCCACGCUAAAGCGCUUCGCUCGGCCGCUGGACUGGGUUGGAAUCGACGCCGUCCUGCGCGGUUACGCGCGGACGGUGCGGGAGGGUGCAUGCGGCCAGCAGGUGCCGGAGGAGAAGCAGGCCUUGCCGUCGAUGACGCUUCGUGUGCCCGGGGAAUCGAGGCGGCACCUCCGCGCCAGGCAUGUGUCCAUCAGCUCCCCUUUCCCGCGGCAGCACGCCGCUGAAGAUGUCUUCCUCUUCUUGCACCUGGUCGGCUUCGAGGGACCUCCACCCCCGCCGACGUCUCGCCUGGGGGACCUCGACGAGGACCAGUGCCCACCAUCACCUCCUUUGACGGGCCAGGAGGUGCGAGUGGACCUGGAGCCCACAAGACAG